AUGCCUAUCAUCCGAGACCUUCUUGGCAUGGCCAUGUCCUCGGGCGGAUCCAACAAUAACGGAUAUGGCGUCAGUGGUCCCAACAACGGCUCAUACUACAACGACAAUGACUACCGUGGCAGACCAAUGGACAGCCGCGCGCUGCGGCGGGAGCUGCGCCACCAGCGGUCCAUGGACAAGCUGUACGAGCGGCAGAUGCGCCGCGAGAACGGUCUGAUUCGGACCGGCGUGAGGGCCGUUGUCAACCACCUCGGCCAGUCGUCCGGCCAGUCGUCCGGACAGCCACUCCAGCCAGCACAGAUGUAUGAACCGGAACGGCCGAUGGAGCCUGUAUAUCCUCGACAGCAGCAACAGCCAAUGAGGCAAGCUCCAAUACAGGAGCAGGGCGUGUUCUAUGGCCGGCCAGCCAGCCCGCAAUACACGCAGCAGGGCUACGGACAGCCGGUCCUCGGAAGUCGUGAUCUCACGCAGCGGUCGAUCGGCGAGGUGGAGUUGACAGAGCCGCCGCCACCAUACCACAGCGCAAUGUGGUCAGACAGCGAGAAGCAGCCGCUGUCGGACGAGUUUACAAGGUAG